AUGAGGGUUCUCUCUCUUUUUGCUGUUUUCUUCUGUUUGGUCCACAUGAACUCAGGGGACAUUCCACCUGGAAUUAGAAACACUAUCUGCCUCCUGCAACACGGGAAGUGCAGACUUUUUUUUUGCCAUUCUGGUGAGAGAAAGGGUGAAAUUUGCUCUGAUCCCUGGAAUAGGUGCUGUAUAUCAACUGUUAAGGAAGAAGACAAAGGGAAGAUGGUGGAUCUGGAACUGAAAAUGCUGAAAAAUCUGAACCUCCCAAAGGACUAA